AUUUGCUGCCCGCCAAGAAUGGCGAGGAGCAGACCACGCAGUUCCUGCUGGAGGUCGUGGACAUCCUCCUCAACUACGUGAGGAAGACGUUUGACAGAUCCACCAAAGUACUGGACUUCCACCACCCACACCAACUCCUGGAGGGCAUGGAGGGCUUCAAUCUGGAGCUCUCGGACAACCCCGAGUCCCUAGAGCAGAUCCUGGUGGACUGCCGGGACACGCUGAAGUACGGAGUGAGGACAGGUCAUCCUCGCUUUUUCAAUCAGCUCUCCACAGGACUGGACAUUAUUGGCUUGGCUGGGGAGUGGCUGACAUCAACUGCGAACACAAACAUGUUUACCUAUGAAAUUGCCCCAGUUUUUGUCCUCAUGGAACAAAUAACACUUCGAAAGAUGAGAGAAAUUAUUGGAUGGUCAAAUAAAGAUGGUGAUGGAAUAUUCUCACCUGGAGGAGCUAUCUCCAACAUGUACAGCAUAAUGGCUGCACGCUACAAGUAUUUCCCUGAAGUCAAAACCAAAGGCAUGGCUGCAGUCCCUAAACUGGUUCUCUUUACCUCGGAACAUAGUCACUACUCAAUCAAGAAAGCUGGGGCUGCGCUUGGAUUUGGAACAGACAAUGUGAUUUUAAUAAAAUGCAAUGAAAGAGGCAAAAUAAUACCAGCUGAUUUGGAGGCAAAAAUUUUGGAAGCAAAACAGAAGGGAUACGUUCCUCUUUUUGUAAAUGCAACUGCAGGCACAACAGUAUUUGGAGCCUUUGAUCCAAUACAAGAGAUUGCUGAUAUAUGUGAAAAAUAUAACCUUUGGCUUCAUGUAGAUGCUGCCUGGGGAGGUGGGCUCUUAAUGUCCCGAAAGCAUCGUCAUAAACUGAAUGGAAUAGAAAGAGCCAACUCAGUCACUUGGAAUCCACACAAGAUGAUGGGAGUGUUGUUACAAUGUUCUGCUGUUCUUGUCCGGGAGAAGGGUAUACUUCAAGGCUGCAAUCAGAUGUGUGCAGGCUAUCUCUUCCAGCAAGACAAACAGUAUGAUGUAUCCUAUGACACUGGAGAUAAGGCAAUACAGUGUGGUCGACAUGUGGACAUUUUCAAAUUCUGGUUGAUGUGGAAGGCAAAGGGUACAGUAGGAUUUGAAAAUCAGAUCAACAAAUGCUUGGAGCUGGCAGAAUAUCUUUACGCUAAAAUCAAAAACAGAGAAGACUUUGAGAUGGUUUUUGAAGGGGAGCCAGAGCACACAAAUGUAUGUUUCUGGUAUAUUCCACCAAGUCUCAGGGGCAUGACAGACUGUGAUGAGAGACGAGAAAAAUUACACAGGGUGGCACCAAAAAUCAAAGCUCUGAUGAUGGAGUCAGGUACUACCAUGGUUGGAUACCAGCCUCAGGGUGAUAAAGUCAACUUCUUCCGAAUGGUCAUCUCAAACCCAGCAGCAACUAAGUCUGACAUUGAUUUCCUCAUUGAGGAAAUAGAGAGACUGGGGCAGGAGCUGUAAUACAGUCAUUGGAUUAUUUAUUUCUCUAAUUCAUUGUUUUCCAGCACUGGCUAUUUUUUAACCCAGUUCUGCAGAACAUGUUUUAAGGAAAUUCUCUUUCUGUAACUUCCAAUCUCCUAAGACAUCCUUAAACAAACCAACUAUAGUCUACUGAAACAUAUAUGUAUUGGUAAAUCAUAUUACUGAGGGAAAAUGUAUUAUCUUGAAGUUGAAGUACUAUUGAC